GACAUAUCCCCAAAAGUCCCGGAUAUUCGUCCUUUUAGUCGGCCAUCUUUGAAUUGAUUAGCCAUGAAGUUCAACAAGAUGGUAAGCGAAGGAAGAUCAUGAGCUCUCCAUUGUCUAAGGAUCUGCGUGCAAAAUACAAUGUCCGCAGCAUCCCCAUCAGGAAAGAUGAUGAAGUUCAGGUUGUACGUGGACAUUACAAGGGGCCUCAGUACGGCAAAGUGGUCCAAGUAUACCGUAAAAAGUUUGUGAUCCACAUUGAGCGUAUUCAGAGAGAAAAAGCCAACGGUGCAUCUGUAAAUGUUGGUAUCCACCCCUCAAAGGUGGUGAUCGUGAAGCUUAAACUAGACAAGGACCGCAAAUCAAUCCUGGAGAGGAAAUCAAGGUCCAGGCAAGUUGCAGACAAGGGAAAACACACAGAAGAGACCAUUAUGGAAUCAUCAUAGACUCUAUACACUCCCUUUAUCUGUAAAUUGCAAUCUUUUAAAUAGUAAAAUACUGAUGCUAC